AUGUACAACAACAACAACAUGCAGGGAUGGGGCCGUCCUCAGCAAGGCGGCUUCCAGCAGCCUCAGAUGACGGGCUUUCCGCAGCAGCAGCAGCCGCAGCAGCAACAGCCCCAACAGACCGGCUUCAUGCAGCCCCAGAUGACGGGCUAUCCAGGCAUGUCGCAGUUCCAGCGGCCCAUGGCCACCGGUUUCCCAGGCCAGCAGCAGCUGCCGCAACAGCAACAGCUCGGCCAGACGUCGUUCCUCUCUGCUCAGCCUACAGGCAUGAGCGGCAUGGGGAUGGGCUCAAACCUCGGAGGACCUGGCCUCUCCCAGCAGCGCUUUCUCUCGCCAGGCCCUGGUCAGCAACCCCAGCGCUUCCUCUCGCCCGGUCCCGCCGGUGGCGGACUGGCCGCCGGAGGCGGUGUCCAACCGCAGCCCACCGGCUUCCUCGGCGGCGGCGGUGGCGGCCUCCAGUCGCAAGCCACAGGCUACAUGGGUGGUGGGCCCGGGGGCCUCGGCAUGAUGCAGCCGCAGCAGACUGGCCUGAUGCCUCAGAUGACGGGCAUGCCGAUCCGCGAUCCGCGCAUGCAGCUGAUGAGCGCCCAGUUCCUUCCGGCCUCGCAGCCCUUUUCGGGCGCCGCCGUCGCCGGCAACAUGAACUUCAGCCAGGCGAGCAUGCAGCCAUCCAACUUCCAGUCGCAGAUCCAGAACCUCAGCCAGCAGCAGCAGGGAUCCAAGGAGCCAAAGAUCCCAUGGGCGCUCAGCAAGGAGGAGAAGAAGAGCUACGACUCCAUCUUCCGCGCAUGGGACUCGAAUGGCUCCGGCUUCAUCAGCGGCGACGUGGCCCGCGAGGUCUUUGGCCAGAGCGGCAUCCCGCGCGAGCAGCUCAUGCAGAUCUGGCACCUCGCCGACACCGAGAACCGGGGCAAGCUGAAUGUCAACGAGUUCCACGUCGCCAUGGGCCUCAUCUACCGAGCACUCAAUGGCAACGACAUCCCCGACCAGCUCCCGGCCGAGCUCGUUCCUCCCUCUGCGCGCGACCUGAACGACUCGGUCGAUUUCCUCAAGGACCUGCUGAAGAAGGACACCAACGUCCGCAACAGCACCGGCCUCAACAUCCCCGAGGCCGGCUCCAACAGCGGCGCUUCGUACACAAAGGCGCGCUCGUUCCACGAGAACCCCGUCGCGCCCAAGCAGGAUGCCCGCGCCUACCGGCACGAAGAGUCCGAGUCUGCCGGGUACAAGAGCAGCAGCCGCCACCUCGACCGCAAGGCAGUCCGCUACGAGGGCCAGAGCGCGACCGACGAUCUGAGCGAGAUGAAGCGUCAGCUGGAGAACACCCAAAAGAUGCUGGAGAAGCAGAACCACGAGGAUGACGAGGAUCGCGAGCUCAAGCGCGAGAUGGACGACCUGCGCUACCGCAUCCGCCGUGUUCAGGAUGAUAUCGAGUACUACAACCGGCGCGGCGGACGCGACUCGGCCGACCUCAAGCGCAAGGCCGAGCGGGAGCUGAUCCAUCUGAUGCAUGAACGUCUACCUCAACUCGAGAAGCGGAUCGAGGCGAGCGAGCGUCGUGAGCGCGACCGCAAGCUUGAUCAAAGCCGGGACCGCGACCGUCGCAACGACCCAUACCGCCGUUACGACCGCGACGACCGAGAUCGUGACAACGAUCGUGGAUAUGAUCGCGAAGAUCGCGGUGGCCGCCUCGGCGACGGCGAGUACUUGCGCGGCACCUUUGACCGUGACCGCGACGAGGACUCCUCUCGGCGAAGCGACUAUGGCCGCGAUCGAUCCCGGGAUCGGUCUCGCGAACGCUAUGACAGGCGCGACGACAGGCGCGACGACAGCCACGACUUCCGGACCGACUACGGCGGCCGAAGAGGCGAAGAUGACCGAGACCGGCACAGCAGCGGCCGGGCAGAUGCGCCGCCACCGCCGCCUCCUCCCGCGUCCUCCAAGGGAGCCACGGCCCCAGCUCCACCGCCUCCGGCACCACCCGCGGCAGCGUCGCCAUCCUCCGCCGCUCCAUCGGCGGGCGCCCCGCCCAAGAACAUGACACCCGAAGAGCGUGCCGCUUGGAUCCGCGCCGAAGCGCAGCGCCGGGUGCAGGAGCGCAUGCGCAUGCUGGGCGCGGUCGCCCCCUCUGGCCCCGCCGCAGUCGACACUAGCGUCGAGGAGCGGCUCAAGGCGGAGAAGGCCGAAGCCGAGGCACGAAGCGCACAGGCCGAUCGCGAGGCGGCGGCGCGCGAAGAAGCGCGAAAGGCUCGACUCGAGGAACACCGUCUGCAGAACGAGAAGGCCAGCCUGCAGACAGUCAAGGCCGAGAUCGACGAGUCGGCCAAGAGUAACAACCCUCCUCCCGGUCCGGUGAUCCAGGCGGCUAAGGAAGAGAUCGACGACCAGGAAGAGAUGCUGCGAAGGCGUGAAGAGAUUCUAGCCAAGGAGAGGGCCGAGCGUGAGGCGCGUCUGCGCCGCAUCGAAGAGCAGGAGGAGGAAGCCAGACAGCAGGAGGCCGCGUUCAAGGAAAGGCAGAGCAUGUUCGCCGGCAAGGCGAAGCCAGCUGCCCCAGCACCGCCUCCGUCCCGUAAGGCCAAGGGCGGUGCCCCACCGCCACCACCUUCUCGAAAGUCGCACGCCGCCAGUUCCGAGGCUCCCACUGCUCCGCCGGCACCACCCUCGGCGUCGUCCGCGACCAUGGCCCAUCCGGCCCCCGCAGCUCCUCCGCAGCCCAGCCCGGGUUCGGCUUCGAGCACCAAUCCGUUCCAUCGCAUUCAGCAGGGUGGCACUGCGGCAGCUACUGCGCCUUCGCCAGCCACAUCUGGCGGCACCAAUCCCUUCUUCCGUCAGCAGCAGGAGGCGGCCAAGUCGCCCGGGUCAUCGGAACUGCCAACGGCGACGCGCGCCACUCCGCCCGUCUCGGCGCAGCCCACUGGCAAUGUCGCUUCGGCUUCUGCCUCUCGCUCGAUCCACGUAGCGCCCAAGCACGAUGACGACGACUGGGAAGAGUCGGACAAGGACGACGACGAUGACGACGACGGCCCUGAAAGCAGCACACGCGCGACCCGUCAGAAUCUGGCACAGGCGCUGUUCAGCAACCUGCCCGCGUCUGGCCCCGUCGACCGUGGCGCUCUCCUUGGCCAGAUCCAGGGAGGUCUCAGGCUGAAGAAGGCGCAGACCAACGACCGCUCCAAGGUUCAGGGGGCUGGCGCCGUCCUUGGAGACGCAACGCCUCCUGUACAAACGUUUGUUCCCCCUCCUAGUCCGCCAGCGGCAGAGCCCGAGGCGCCGAGCGCUGCCGGACCCGUUCCUCCGGCACCAACCGCGCCCGAAGCUUCAGCUGUGCCAGAGGCCCCUCCGCCCCCACCCGCGCCACCUGCGCCCGAGGACAGCAUGCCCGGAAGCUUUGGCGCUACUACCGACGACUUUGCCAGCAACCCGAAUCGGCAGAGCAUCGACUGGACCAACAGCCUGGCCGCCGAGCAGAUGAAUGGCCACAAGACGGCAUUCGUUCCGGAGCAGGCCGCGCUGCGCGAAGUGGACGAGGAGAGCGCGGACGAGGACGAAGGGCCGGAGGACGCUGAAGCCAUCAGCCGGGCUCCGCUCGGCGGUCAGAUGGCGGCCGCAGCCAGCCCUGCAACGGAUGACGAUCAGCUGGCCGACUUCGACCUCUCCACGACCCUGCGCGUCCGCACGCUCUACGCGUACUCGGCGCAGCGCGACGAAGACCUCACCUUUGACGAGAACGUGGUACUCAAGGCCAACCGUGCCAAGGCCACCGAUGGCGACUGGUGGUACGGCGUCCUCCUCGACGGCAGCAAGAAAGGCUUCUUCCCGCGGGCUUAUGUCGCGGAGCUCGAUGAAUCCGCGAAUCGCGCCAAGGCUCUCUACGAAUAUGCCGGCACGACGCCCGAGGAAGCUUCGUUCUCCGAAGGUGACGAGCUCACCGUCGUGGAUCAGAGCGAUGCCAACUGGUGGCGCGUCGACGUCGGCGGCGACCGGAUCCUCAUCGCCCCGGCGACCUACCUCGAACUUCAGGGUUAG